UUUAAAAAUCGGUGCAAUUGUGUUGCCAGUCAGCUCUCCUUUGUUUGCCAGCGUGGAUCAAUGCGAUCGAUGCUGUCAUGACAGCUGUCUGAGAGCAGAGAGGGAGAGCGGCGUGAGGCAGAAACCCUCACGCGUCGCUCUGGUUUCCCGUCCCGCUGCUGUGCCCACCCUCGGGGCGCGGUGGCUCCUCCCGGCCAGCGGCGCUGCCGGAGCGCGGGACGGCUCAGCCGCAGCAGCUGCCGGAGCUUCCCUGGCGCUGCAGGCAGGACACUCCCACCUCCACAGGCUGGCUUUCCGUGAAUGCUUCAAAGCAGCUGGGAGGAAACAGCCUUCUAGCCUGUGCAAGUGAGCUGGGGCCUUAGAGGGAUUAACCCGUCUCAUAGUUGACUUUACAAAGACUGAAAGUUCAGGUGCUGUAGGGAGAGUGGAGAACGGUACAGGAAUGGGACUGUGACUACAUGGAGAACGCGUUCUGGGGCUGCAGCCCACCCACACUCUGCUCCAGUGACCCUUUUGCAGGGGACCAUGGAGAGCAGGUGCUGAGAGCGAGUGCUUGGCAGAAGCAGCAGCGGGCUGGUGAAGAUGGAGAAUGGCACAGGAGACGAGCAGAACCAGACUGGGCUGCCACUAUCAAGCCAGGAGGUCAUUACAGCCGAAUACCAAGUGGUUACCAUCCUCUUGGUGCUCCUCAUCUGCGGGCUGGGCAUCGUGGGCAACGUCAUGGUGGUUUUGGUGGUCCUCAGAACAAAGCACAUGAGAACUCCCACUAACUGCUACCUGGUGAGCCUGGCCGUGGCAGAUCUCAUGGUGCUUGUGGCUGCAGGGCUGCCCAAUAUCACCGAGAGCCUGUACAGAUCCUGGGUGUACGGCUACGCCGGGUGCCUCUGCAUCACUUAUCUCCAGUACCUGGGAAUCAACGCCUCUUCUUUUUCCAUCGCUGCCUUCACCAUUGAGAGGUACAUAGCCAUCUGCCACCCAAUCAAAGCUCAAUUCCUGUGCACUUUUUCAAGAGCCAAAAAGAUCAUUCUUUUUGUUUGGGCUUUCACCUCCAUAUACUGUAUGCUCUGGUUUUUCUUGCUAGACCUUAACACAGUAGCCUACAAAGAGACUACUGUUGUGUCCUGUGGCUACAAGGUCUCCAGGAGCUAUUACUCUCCUAUCUACAUGAUGGACUUUGGUAUAUUUUAUGUUGUGCCAAUGGUGUUGGCGACUGUGCUCUAUGGCCUGAUUGCUAGGAUACUGUUCCUGAACCCCGUCCCUUCAGACCCAAAAGAAAACUCUAAGACCUGGAGGAAUGAUGUGGCUCACCACAGCAAGCCUGUGAAUACCAAGAUGACUAACAGGAGUUUCAAUAGCACUAUUGCUUCUCGAAGGCAGGUCACCAAGAUGCUGGCCGUGGUUGUGAUCCUGUUUGCAUUCCUGUGGAUGCCCUACCGCACCCUGGUUGUCGUCAAUUCCUUUCUUUCCAGACCCUUCCAAGAAAACUGGUUCCUGCUAUUUUGCAGAAUCUGCAUUUAUUUAAAUAGUGCCAUCAAUCCUGUCAUUUACAAUCUCAUGUCCCAGAAAUUCAGAGCAGCCUUCAGGAAACUGUGCAACUACCAGCAGAAGCAGGAGAAGAAACCUGCCAGUUACAGCAUGGCCCUAAAUUAUAAUGUCAUCAAGGAUUCUGAUCACUUCAGCACUGAGCUAGAAGAUAUUACCAAUACCUACCUGUCCUCUGCAAAACUGUCCAUUGGUGAUACCUGUUUGUCAUCCAAGGCCUGAAGCCCACCUUGUUGAGAGUGUGCAGCCAUGUAAGAGGUUUGGAUGCUCUGUUCCCACCCAUUGUAUGAAUUGUAAGGACAUUUCUACUCACAGAAUUGCAGAAGCUACCAUAAAUCUUUUCAUACCUGUGGGUGCCCUACAGGAAAAUGCAGCAUCUUGGGCAGUGAAAAGAGUGUAUUAUUGAGGCUAACUGGAUGAAGUACUCAAUACAACCUAACUUUAGUCAGGUGAGUUGGCUCCAGGAGAAUACCUAAAUCCUUCUUCCCAUUACCUGGCUGAAGAGUGGUCUGUGAUCUCAGAAUGAGCAAGGCUUGCCAGGACAUGUCCAUGGACACAGAGUGGGGCAGGGGAUGAUACUCCCUGUGAAGAUGAGAGGUGAGGAGAGGAGCUGCUCUAAUGUGUGCCUGCACCUGGCAGUACCCAGGAGACCUUCCAACAGCAACACAAAUUGCUGCUGACAGCAGUAAUUACCUGCCAGUGACUCCCUCAGCCCACAUCAGUGCAAAUCUCAUUGCAGCACGCUUCAAUAAACAGGUGUCUGAUGGCAAAGAGCACAAAAUCUUUCUUUGCUUUGGUUUAUUUUUACCUUGAGCAGUGUGAAAUAGGAAGACUAUUCAAUGAAUUUGCAGCUGGAACCAAACAAAUUAAAAAGUCAGUAAGAUGCAUUUAAAAUAGCUUAUCUUUUUCAGCAAUCAGGUUUAUAGAUGUACCACUUUAAAUGUAAGUCUCAGCUAUUACUGAAUCCUGUUGGAAAUUGACAGAUAUUGAAGAGUAUGUAGCAGGCUUUUAACAGCUCCUUUUAUCUAAGUUCAAUACCAAUUGUACCUAAGUGUACCAGAAGGGGUUUAGAGCUUUAAUAUCGAUAAUAUCUGCAGAAAAGAGGAAAAUUCAGAGAAAAGUGACACUUUCAAGAUGUUUUUUCUCAAAAUUUAUCUAUUAGAACACUUUAGGACAUAAAGUGUUGUCAGAGGAAAAGUCAUCCUGGCUUUUUACUUGCCAGCAUAGCCCCUUCCCUGCUCUUCCCACACAGGCCUAUGAUGAGCAGCCUGGGGCCAGUCUCCCUGAUGUAGCUACAGACAAAAUAUCAUAUCUUGCUUUGCCUUUGCUCUAGACAAGCUCUUGUUCUUGCUAGAAGUUCAUUUUCUCACUUCUGUGCUGCAGAAGCCCAGGAAAGUGCCUGUGUGUUCCUGUGUGUCAUGAACAUUUUGCACGGCUUUUGUACGUGACAUUCAAAAACCUGUGAAAAACCUGAUUCACAGAAUCACAGAAUAGGCUGAUUUGGGAGGGACCCAGAAGGAUGAUCGAGUCCAGCUCCCAGCCCUGCACAGCCCCAUCCCCAAGAGUCACAAACCUGCCCAGUGUGGGUGAAAGAGGCAGUCUCCACAGCAUUGUAAGGCUUUCCUAUCCAGUAUUGUUUUGCCUACACAGCCACUUCCUAAUUCAAACUACUUUCACUAAUAUUCAACUAUAUUUGGAAACUUAAAGAGAACUAAAAAUACCCUGACAGGCCUCAGAUUUAAGUAUUAAAACCAUGAACCUAUGUUUGCUGCAUCCAAAGGACUCUGUUGGGCAUUCUCUACAUGGCAGGGAGGAAGCAAACAUUGUUCAGAGAGGUUGUGGAGUCUCCCUCACUGGACAUAUUCAAGAACCAUCUGGACUCAGUCCUGUGCCAUGUGCCCUGGGAUGACCCUGCUUGAGCACCAGAUGACCAACUGUGGUCCCUUCCAACCUUCCUCACUCUGUGAUUCUGUGAUUUUGCAGUCUGUAUCCUGCUCUGUCUGCAUCCUUGCUUUCUCCUGUUUCACCUUUGCAGAGCUCCACAGGCACUCUCCAGCUUGACAGAGUGAUGGCAGGGCAUGGAAGAGACCAACAGCAAGGAGGUUUUAACCAGCAGAGUAGAUGUGACGAAAUUCCAGAAGCUGGCAGAGCUUUGUCUGGAGCAGAGCCAGAAGCAGGACCCAUGCAGGCCAUGUUGCAGUCUUUCCCAAAUCCGCUGCAUUUCCCAGCUUGCCGUGUUGUCUCUCUGAGCAGCACAGGCCGCCAGGCUGGCACAUGCAGUGGUGUCUAUUUCUGUGCAGAUGUCUGAACCCCCACAGGACUGGAAGGGCAGUGCCCAGACUGCUUUUAAAAUAACAAGAAAGAACUAAAAUGACAGAGUAAGUAACGUGUCAGCCAAGUAAGCAAAGCUGGCUAGGGCUCAAGAGUCAGAGAGAAGGAUACUGAUGCAUUCUCAAAUUAGCACCUAGCAAUUAAUGUCAUAAAUACAAUUCUAUGGCUAUGACACACACUUUGGGCAAGCCCUUCCUUUGUAGAGCUUGAUGUGAAAAUACAGAGUUCUAUAGCAUCUUCCUGCUUACACUUGCUUAAAGCUACAUGUUGCCAUGAUAAGGGAAAGCCAAGGAGAGAUACCACAACCUGUUCAACAUUUCCUCCAAAGCACCUGUCACAGAAAAAUUAAAUUAUCUAUGAACCUUACACAGGAAUUUAUGGUUGUUUAGGCAAGAGACUUUCAAAGUAAAGGCAAGUUCCUGUGUCUGACUUUGCAAACUCCUGUGAUGAAGCCAGGACUGCUCUGGGAGCUGAUUCCCAGUCUGAGCUGGGUUAGAGGCUACCGGGGCGGCCACUGGUGGAGCUGGUGCCUGGAAAUCCCUCUGCCCUUCACAUGCUGUUUUCAGCCAGGCAUCUGUUCAGUGCUUCCAGAGGAGGCCCUACUUUCCAGAAUUUCUCAAGAGAUGCUUGAACUAGUUGCUUUUCUUACUUAAAAAGCAAGAUGUGCGCAAGUCAGAUGUGCAGGUCUAGCAGCAGGCAGAGGGCAUUCCAUGGAAACCUGGCUGUCUGGUGAGGAGCACGACUGGCUGGGUAAAACCUGAGCUCAGUGUUUGUAUAAUAACAGUAAAACUUACACUUUUAUCUCAAGGCUUUCAGAGCACAGACUGAAUUACAUAUUUUAUAGACCAACAGUACCAAAAGUGAAUUCUCUCAUUUAUUUGCCUUUUUGCUCAAAAAGCAACUGUCUGCUUUCUCAGUCUCUGCUCCAACAGAUGCUCAAGUGAGGUAUUUAAGCCCAUAUUCUUUGUGAUGCUUCAUGAAGGGCUAAAAUCUGUGUAGGUGACUUUGUAUCCACCAUCACUGGGAAUAAUAAAAAUGAAAAUAUUUCUUUCUGAUAUUUAUUUGUGCUAACAGAAAUUAUUAUGAUUGCAAAAUUGUGUGCAAAACCACGAUAUUUAUAAUUGCAUAUUUAAGCUAAGGUGUGAUUUUAACUGAUAAUGUGAUGUGACUGUAUCUUUAUAGGUGUUAGUUGUGAAAUCUCUUCUAAUUUUAAACUGAUAUACAGCUCACACUACAAAACUUUGUCAGGUAUCAUGCUGAUGUGACUGUUUCUGUGUUUGCCCUUCUGUUUAGAACAGCAAUCAACCUUUUUU